CGCGACUGACGCAGGCGUGAAGGCGACCUGAGUCGCUGGUAAUCGAUUCAGAUAUUUUUUCUUUUUAUGCUUGCUAAUUAAGCCCUUCUAUUACAGGUAUGUUCGUUUCAUACGUUUUCAUUUCGCGUACUUUGUCGCCUCAUUUAAAUGUUCAAAACGUAAAUAUCAAGUUCCUGUUAGCUAGUUAGCUGUCUCAGAGCUGGGAAGUGGCUCGUGCUCGUGUAGCAUCAGCCUCUCAUCAUGCUGCCCCUCAAGGAGAAGGAUAAGCCCAUCGUCCAGAAGCUGCUUGCAGCUGGCUGCUGCGCACGCUGCAUCCUCAGAUUCUGCUGUCUGAGUGUUCAGGCUGCCUAUCGACAGCCGGCACAGGAGACGAUGAAAGAGCUUAAAGCUUUUAUCACUGUAAAAGAAAACACCAAGCAUCAGGAAUCAGUCGCUCUCCCCUCCACCCAGGAAAACAAUGGGUCUUAUGAUGCAGCUGCAUCAGAAGCACCUGCAGACCCCCCCAGUAAAAGAGCUAAACUGGAUCCCAGUGAGACUGCUGCUCAGACAGGAGAGUCUGCUGCAGGCCAACUGGAAGAGUCCCGUGUGUGUGUGGUGUGUUUGGGAAUCCUGCAGCAUUUAUGUGGCACAGAACAGGCAACAAAGAUCUCAGAAACAGUCAAGAAAGAAAAAUAUGAGUUUGACACGCUGGUGUUGUCUGUGUCCCUGCCUGCUCAGCUCUGUGUUCGUGAGCAUUCCUGUUGGCUCCAUGUGAAGAAGGAAGUGAGGGAGAAGGGUCUGGUACUUGAUAAGGACGAUGUGAUCCAGGUGAAAGAGGCUUUCAAGUGGAUCAUGCAGGGUUUGGUUGCAAAGGAGCUCAAAGGUGUUGCCGUGGUUUCCAAGAGCAUGUUUGAGAUCGGCCUGGAGUUCAUUCACCUGGAAACCGAUUCUGACUGCCACUUCUUAGCCAAAUCCUGCCCCGACUGCUUCAGACCCACUAAGAAUAAGCAGUCUGUGUUCACUCGUAUGGCUGUGGUCAAAGCUCUGGAGAAGAUCUCUGAUGCCACGUUUCUGCAACAUUAUCCUUGUCCUCCACCUCAGCCGGCCAGCUGCUGCCUCCCUCUGGAUGUCCAGUGUCUCCACAUGUCUGUCUUCAUAGCAGGCAGGUACAACAAGUUCUGCCGUAGCCUCCCUCAGACGCCCUGGGUGAUUGAUGGUGAGAGGAAGAUGGAGUCGUCGGUGGAGGAGCUGAUCGCAGCACCCAUCCUGUCUGCCUUCAGAGCUGAUGGAUUUAACUUCUCCUCCUCGGGCCGAGAGGACGUGGAUGUCAGGACUUUGGGAAACGGACGACCUUUCGCUAUGGAGCUGCUGAACCCCCACCGGUCCAGACUCACCAAGGUGGACAUGAAGCAGCUGCAAGAGGAAAUCAACACGCUGUCGGACAAAAUCAGAGUCAGAGACCUGCAGAUGGUAACCAGGGAGGCCAUGAGUCACAUGAAGGAGGGGGAGGAGGAGAAGACAAAGUCCUACAUGGCACUCGUGUGGACCCAGAAGCCGAUUCAGAGAGAGGACAUCGUCUUCAUCGAUGACAUUAAGGACCUGAUUCUGGACCAGAAGACUCCUCUGAGGGUUCUCCACCGUCGUGCGCUGGCCGUCCGGCAGCGAGUCGUUCAUAGCAUGAGCACGCGCUUCGUGGACUCCCAUCACUUCUACCUGGGGCUGAAAACACAAGCAGGGACCUACAUCAAAGAGUUUGUCCACGGAGACUUUGGACGCACGAAACCAAACCUGUGUCAGCUGCUGAAGACAGACGUGGACAUCUUGGAGCUGGACGUGGAGUCUGUAGAUGUGGACUGGCCUCCUGCCAUCCCAGAGUGAAGGCUGACCCAUUCCUGCACCGAGCUUCACAUCGACACCCUGGUCUGGGUCAGAAUCUGCUGCUCUGUUUACGUUUAGUAUUAAUGGUUUGAUUUUAGGGAAAUGUUUGUGUUCAUUAGUAAGAAGGUCUGAGUCUGACUCAGCUGCUGCUCUAUCGUGGACUGUUUUGACCUCCUGUAUUAUCAGUUCUGUUGUUAAUAAAGAGAAAAAGUUUCGCCCCAGCAGAAUUUGUCUUAACAUUGACACAUCUGAUAAACUGGAAGGCAUCUCUGUGUUUCAGUAACAUCAUCACAAAGGACAUAAAUGAGUCAGAAUCGUAGAAGUCUAAAGCCUAAUUUAUACGUUUCCAUCUGCGCCAUUGCAGAGACGAGCAGCGCCGUUAGCGUCAGUGCAAGGGCUCUCCAACUGGCUCGCAGAGGGCCCAAAUUUGUAACUAUCUGUGGAAAGAGUUAAUGCAGGACUGCACGCUUGUGAUUGAACAGGUCUAAAAUUUGUCAUCAGCGACUUCCGGUCGGAACAUCAUCAAGAUGGCCGCAUAGCAAAAACGCUCCCGACCAAACCAAGAAACUUAAAGAAAUUCCCCCAUAAAACCAUCACCAUGAAAAGGUCAAGAAGGAGGGGAAAGGGCCUUAGUACCAUUUUUGAGAGUGAAACGUCGCCUGCGUACAGAUACGUGAGAAGAACUGAGGGCGGCUACAACUAGCGGCGACCAGGCUAGGUGCUAGUUAACACCAGAGCACGGAGAAACAGAAGAAAUGGAGCAGAUUCUGCAAGAGUUAAGAGGAUUCCGCCAAGAAAAUAAAGAACAUUAGAGAAAAUAAGAGAGGAGAUUAUGCAUCUAAAUGCCAGAAUGGAUGAAAUGGAAGGGCGAAUUGAGAAAACAGAAGAGAGGGUCCAGAACACGGAAGUUAUCACGGAUAUGCUAAAACUGCAUGAGAAGCUGGAGGAGAAGUUUGUUGAUCUGGAAAGCCACUCCAGACGCGAGAAUAUAAGAAUGUAUGGGGUGCCAGAAGGACGUGAGAAAGCCUCAACAUCGAUGGCUUCAUUUGUGGAAAUUUUACUCCGCGCGGGCCUUGAGUUACCUGACGAACUGGGCGACCUGAGGAUUGAACGAGCUCAUCGAUCGGGGGGCCACAACCGCCGAGGGACGCACCGCCAUGCUCCAUCAUAAUCAAGUUUCUAAGCUUUAAAACAAAGGACACAAUACUAUGCAAGGCUUGGCAGAACAAGGGGUUUCCAUGGCAAGAUAAACACAUAAAUCUGAACCACAACUACCCGGCGCUCGUACUCAAGAAACGCAGAGAAUACUCGGAGAUCUGCAAAACAUUGAAGGAAAACAAAGUGCCGUUUCAGACCGUCUUCCCGGCCUGUCUGCGGGUAAGACAUGAGGACGAACCAAAACCUACGACACAAUAGAAGAGGCAUCGGAGGACCUGCAGAGGAGGGGAUACGCUGUGGAAUCCAUCAGAUCACCAGAGACGCUCAACGAACAGAUUCGACAGCUGUCUUGGAACAGAGCAGAUGGGAGGGAGAAGAAGGAUACAUCCAAAAUUGGACGGAGCUAUAAGGAAAAGUUGAGAGCCUUCAAGAGUCGCCUACAGGUUGUGCAGAACAGCACAGCCAGGUUCCUGACUGGGACCAGGAAACGGGACCACAUCAGUCCGGUUCUGGCCUCCCUGCACUGGCUUCCGGUUUGCUAUCGUUCACACUUCAGACUCCUCGUCUUUGUUUAUCAUUUCUUCCAGGGUGGUGCUCCUCCCUAUCUAGCCGCACUCCUCAACAGACAUUCCCUAUCACGCACUCUGCGCUACUCUGACCAAGGCCUGCUCGUUGUCCCUCGUUCUAGGUGUCGUACUCGCGGGGACCGGGCUUUCUCAGUCCUAGCACCAUCUCUCUGGAACCAGUUGCCACCCUCAGUUAGGCUGUCCCCAUCUCUGCCAGUCUUUAAGAGUCGCCUAAAAACCCACCUCCUCCGCUUGGCGUUUCCAGAACAUGUUUGAAUCUGGCCCUCUUUUAUGUUGAUUUUAUCUCACAGUUUUCACUGGUUCACUCUAUCCAUUGUUUUACACAUUUGUCUUCUACUAGAAUGUUUCACCUUUUUUGUAAUUUGUAAUCUGUCAUUUGAAUUGCUUUUAUUUUCUGAUUUAUUCACUUUCUUUAACUUUGUACUGUACCAUGUUCAGCGCCUUGGGCUUCCUGACAGGGUUGCAGAAGGCGCUUUAUAAAUAAAGCUUUGAUUGAUUGA